CACAGCUUUCAGCAGCUGUCAAAACGAAAUAAACAAAAAAUCUGAAAAUCUUCCAAGACUGAUUUCAUUCAAUUAAGCUGGCUUUUAAAGUUUGACUAAUCGUUCGAGAAGAUGGAGCCUUUGCAAAUCAAUAGUGGCGAGGAUUAUGUUAAAGUGAAUAUAUCUAAUUCCAAAAGUGAUAACAUUGCGUUGGACCUGAAAUUUGCAAAAAGCCUCACAGUUGGUCAAUUGAAGUGCAAAUUGGAAGUUAUCACAGGUGGCAAUGCAGCUACCAUGAAAUUGGAAUUGUAUAAUGGUGACCGAUUGGUCACAAGUCUGCCUGAUGACACCACCUUAGUGGGUGCGUUGCCAAUAGAAACGGGUAUGCGCAUACAUGUAAUUGAUAAUUUCAACUGGAUAGCAGAUGUGGAGAAAUUCGAGUUGACCGAUGACCAAUACGAAACUAAACAGGAUACUGUGCGUAAUUUCUUGAAAAAGAAUCGCAUGGGCAAAUAUAAUGAGGAAGAAGCUCGUCAGAAGGAAGAGAAAUUGCAACGACAGAAACAGCUGGAGCAAGAACGCGCUGAGUUGUGUACCAUCGGUGCGCGCUGUCAGGUCACAGUGCCAGGCAAUCCAGUGCGCCGUGGAACAGUGAGAUUUAAGGGACCAAUCGAUGGCAAGAAGGGCAUUUUUAUUGGCGUCGAGUAUGACGAACCGCUUGGUAAAAAUAAUGGAAGCGUGGAUGGCAAGAGUUACUUUAGUUGCGCUCCUAACUACGGCGGGUUCGUGCUACCAACCGCCGUCGAAGUAGGAGACUUCCCUGCAGAAGAUGUGGGUCUCGAGGAUGAUGAGAUUUAAAAAUGAGAAUGAUUUAUAAAGCAUACACUUUGCAUUUGUGAUUAAUUAUACAUAUAUAUUUAGAACUUACAACUAGGUAUAAUUUUUGAGUAAUUUAAAUUAUUUUCACCGCUUAUGGCAUGAUGAAAUAUAAUUAUGAAACAAA